GCAAAGUCUGUUCAGAGAGUGAGAUGGAGAUGGAAGCGGGGACGCAAGAGAGAGUGCUACUGAGCCAGAGGGAAGAAUGAUCGUACGUGAUUCCAAUCCCCCAAGACGACGGCCCGAAUCCGGUUGUGCCGAUCGCCGACAAGGAAGAUUUCAGAUAAACAAUGAACUAUUUUCGCGCCAUUUAUCACGCCAAUGAGCGAUCCCUUCGCGCUCUCCGCCUCUCCGAAGAGGCCAUCUAUCUCAAUGCUGGAAACUACACUGUGUGGCAUUUCAGGCGUGUAGUACUUCAGGCAUUUAAUGCAGAUCUGCAUGAUGAACUGGAUUUUGUUGAGCGAAUUGCCAAGAAUAAUUCCAAAAACUCUCAGUUGUGGCACCAUCGAUGCUGGGCUGCUGAGAAAUUAGGAGCUGAUACCGCGAGUAAAGAACUUGAAUUUACGAAGAAAAUACUCUCUUGAUGCUAAAAACUAUCUUGCAUGGUCACACAGACAGGCCUUUCUGUAGCCAUCAAUUGUAUUUAAUUAAGAAAUUGGGAGCUGAUGUUUGCGAGUAAAGAACUUGAGUUGACAAAGAAAAUACUCUUUUGGUGCUAAAAUUGUCAUGGUUGGUUGCACUGACAUGUUUAUUGCCGUUCUCUAGCCAGGAGUGUAUUUAAUUACAUGGUGUGACCUAUUGUUUUCU